AUGGCACAUGGUGUGGCCGGCUCGGGGACAACGGCUUGUUUGCUCGUGUGGGCUAUGGUGUUGUUGUGCGAACAUAUUGAAUGGCAAACUCGAGCAAGAGAAGAGGUUAUUCGGGUUUUUGGGAACUCGGAGCCGAGUUUUGAAGGAUUAAAUCAGCUCAAGACGGUUACUAUGAUCUUGCAAGAAGUGUUGAGGUUGUACCCGCCAUUACCUAUGAUCAACCGAUGCUCUACAAAGAUGGUGAAACUCGGAAACCUAACUAUUCCGGCCGGAGUACAUUUGUUGUUGAUGGUAGGGUUAGUCCACCGUGAUUCCCAUAUUUGGGGAGACGAUGCAAACGAGUUCAAUCCCCUAAGGUUCUCUGAUGGAGUAUCGAAAAUUCAAUCGUCAUUUGUACCGUUCAGCUCAGGCCCUCGGAUAUGCAUCGCACAAAACUUUGCAAUGGUUGAAGCAAAAAUGGCUCUAGCUACUAUUCUCCGAAGCUUCUCAUUUGAGCUUUCGCCAUCAUAUUUGCAUGCUCCUUUCUCCGUUGUAACUCUUCAACCACAAUACGGUGCUCCGAUCAUAUUGCAAAGCCUAGAGGCGUUCAUGUCAGGGUCCUAAACAAGUGGAUUAAAGUUACGAAUGUAAUAAAAAUGUGAUGCAUCAUGCAAUAAACUCGUACGAUUGUAUUCAUUUCAGCAAUGUUUGAGAUUGUUGAUUUAUAUGCUUGCAUAAACAUGUAGUGUUGUAACAAUUUACUUGUUUCA